AUAAAUUAGAGCUGAGAGGGAUGGCUGCUUUUGCCUUUGCUGGUGCGGUGAGAGCAGCUUCAGGAAUCCGAUGUCCCUUGAAUAUUUUGGCAUCUUCAGCCUACCGAAACUGUGUCAAGAAUGCCUCUCUUAUUUCUGCAUUGUCCACUGGACGUUUUAGUCAUAUUCAGACACCAGUUGUUUCCUCCACUCCCAGACUUACGACAUCUGAGAGAAACUUGACAUGUGGGCAUACUUCAGCGAUCCUUAAUAGAGUGUCCCCCUUGCUUCCGAGUGUCCUGAAGCUGCCAGUCAGAUCUCUAACAUACUUCAGUACACGAAAAGACAAGAGAAAGACUGUGAAAGCUGUCAUCUACAGGUUUCUUCGACUUCAUCGUGGCCUUUGGGUGAGGAGAAAGGCUGGUUAUAAGAAAAAAUUAUGGAAAAAGGAACCUGCAAGAAAAAAGCGAUUGAGGGAAUUUGUAUUCUGCAGUAAAACCCAGAGUAAACUCUUAAGAUAA